GUGUUGUUGCAGCGUCAUUCUAUUUGAAUGAAGUUCACACAUUACUAAACUAGCGGCCAAGUCAACUCAUUCGCGCCCCGGCGGACUGAAAACAGGACAAAAGCAACAGUGCGGGACCUCGCAGCUUGGCAAUUAUGCCGGUGUUUUCAGUCAAUGUGAAAUGGGGCAAAGAGAAGUUUGACGCUGUGGAGCUGAACACCGAGGAGCCUCCCAUGGUGUUCAAGGCUCAGCUUUUUGCCUUGACAGGAGUGCAGCCCGACAGACAGAAGGUGAUGGUGAAGGGAGGCACCCUCAAGGAUGACGAGUGGGGGAACAUAAAACUGAAAAAUGGAAUGACACUGUUGAUGAUGGGAUCAGCGGAGGCUCUGCCCGAGGAGCCUGCUGUCAGACCCAUGUUUGUAGAAGACAUGACUGAUGAGCAGCUGGCCUCAGCUAUGGACGUUCCCUGCGGGCUGACCAAUCUGGGCAACACCUGCUACAUGAACGCCACCGUGCAGUGUCUGCGCUCUGUGCCCGAGCUCAAAACUGCACUCAGAAAGUAUUCGGGUGCGCUGCGAUCUUCAGGGCCCAACGCGUCGUCACAGUACAUAACAGCAGCUCUGCGUGACUUGUACGAGACCAUGGAAAAGACCUCGUCCAGCCUGCCUCCCAUCAUCCUGCUGCAGUUCCUCCACAUGGCCUUCCCACAGUUUGCCGAGAAGGGAGAUCAGGGGCAGUACCUCCAGCAGGAUGCUAACGAAUGCUGGCUGCAGAUGAUGAGAGUUCUUCAGCAGAAGCUGGAGCCACUAGAACCAGAGACUCCCAUGGAGACCGACACUGAGGGCGGCGCUGCUUCUGCAUCCCCAAAGAAGAACUUCAUUGACCAGUAUUUUGGCGUAGAGUUUGAAACUACCAUGAAAUGCACAGAGUCCGAGGAUGAGGAGCCAGUCAAAGGAAAAGAAAGUCAGCUCCAGCUCAGCUGCUUCAUCAAUCAGGAAGUCAAGUAUCUGGCCACCGGACUGAGGCUGAGACUUCAGGAAGAAAUCACCAAAAUGUCAACUAGCUUGGAUAGAAAUGCUCUGUACAUCAAAUCUUCAAAGCUGAGUCGUCUCCCCGCCUACCUGACUGUGCAGAUGGUUCGCUUCUACUACAAGGAGAAAGAGUCUGUGAAUGCCAAAGUGCUGAAGGACGUGAAGUUCCCCCUGAUGCUGGACGUGUAUGAGCUAUGCACGGCCGAGUUGCAGGAGAACAUGCUGGCCAUCAGGUCAAAGUUCAAGGAGGUGGAUGACAACAAGCUGGAGAAGCAGCAGGAGAAGGUGACAAAGAAAGAAGACUCAGCCAAGGAGGUGAAAUACGAGCCCUUCUCCUUCCCUGAUGACGUGGGCUCCAACAACAGCGGCUACUACGACCUGCAGGCGGUGCUGACGCAUCAAGGCCGCUCCAGUUCGUCGGGUCACUACGUGGGCUGGGUCAAGAGGAAAGAAGACGAGUGGGUGAAGUUCGACGACGACAAAGUGAGCGUGGUGUCGCCGGAGGACAUCCUGCGGUUGUCGGGCGGCGGCGACUGGCACAUUGCGUAUGUUCUACUCUACGGCCCCCGGAGGUUGGAGCUACUCGAAGAUAAGGAGGAACAGUAGCCCGCCCACCCCGUGUGGGUUGAGGACGCCUUCUCCCAAAUUUGCCAUUUCCCAACAAAAAGAAAAACACACUGUCUGCAUAAGCUGUGCAAUAAAACAGGUGUCUUUACUUAUUGGAUCACCUCAAUUUUUCUUUCCUCCCUGUAAUGUAUUUAAAUUUCAACCAUUGUGAGCUUAAAAGAAAGCGAAAAAAGGACUGGAUCAGAGUGCGAGGCUGCUAGUGUUUUGUAUGGGUCAUCUUUUCUUUUUUUUUUAAUCUAAAAAGGUGAGCAACUGUCUUCACUCGCCUGGCUCACAUUCCUCUUCUGUUCCACAGCAGGGGUGGGCAACCUACACCUACAUGUACAGUGGAGCCCUGCAAGUUCUAAGUUCAGCAUUUGCAGCCACCCCCCUCCCUGUUUUUCACUGAGAGACACACCUUUUCUCCGUGUCAUAAUCUCAAAAUUUUGCUUAGGUGCCAAGGAACUAUGUUGAAAUAAGUGGAAGAACUUCAGUAAAUUGAGUCAUUACCUUGUAUAAUUGAAAAAAAGUGUUUUGCUGCCAUUUUGUGGCAUCUACAGGCAAAUACAAAUUUUGGGUAGGAGUUUCACUAUUCGUGGCACCUUUUACUACAGUUGGGGAGGGGGUCACUGUAAUUUUAAAAACAAAACAAGAUGAACUGUUAAAAAAAGCCCACAAAUUCUCUUUCUACAGCACUUAGCCUUCCUGGUGUUAUGGGUAAGCCUGAGCCAAUCGCAACUGACUAUAGGACGAGAGGCGGGGUAUGCCCAGAACUGUAAAGCACAGACAAACUCGGAACGUGCGAGGAAGUCUACAUACCCAGAGAAAACUCCACACAGGAAGGCCAGUUUCAAUCACGGAACCUCAGAACUGCAAUGCAGAUGUGCUGACCAUUAUCAUGCUGCCAUUAUUAUAAAAGUGCAAAAAGGUUGCCCACUGCUGCUCUAGAACGCAUCUGCCAAAUGUUCACUCUCCCUUCUGACAGUCAACACCGGUUCAGCCAUGACAGUUUCAAGUCUUGUGUACUAAAAAACUAAAAAUGCUUCAUUUUGUUUCUAUGAGCACAUUUUUCUGCUUCAUCUCCACUCUUGUUAUAAGUUAUUGACUGAUGGCUUUUCAUAAGUGCUGCAAAUAAUAAUAAAAAAAAGUGUAUGCCACUAUGUAUCAAA